CGCGUGGCGACGGUUGGAGAGCACGCGCUAGGCAGCGCGAGCCUGGCAGGGGCGCCCGGCGUGGCCAUGUCGGACUGGGAGGCGGACAGCGACGAGGAGUUCCGCGCCGGGAGCCGGCCGCCAGCGCCUCCGCUGCCCGAGUGGCAGCCGGCGAUGGCCCCCGCCCAGGGCCGGAGGAGCCCAGCGCCGCCGGCGGGCGGCAGAGGGCGAAGCGGAGCCGCCGGGCCCUGGGCUGAGGAGCAGGAGAAGAGGUCGGCCCGGCGAGGCAGCGGCUCCCAGGGCGGCUGGAGGAGGCUGGAGGGUUCGCGGCCGUUCCCCGCACCCCGGGAUCCCUGCCUGUCGGGCCCCCUGGAAUAUCGGCCCCGCGGCCCCCCCCGGGAUCGGGGCUUGGGGGUGCCGCUCUGCUUCCACCUGGACAACGCCAUGAUCGGGCCCAUCAUCGGUCGGGCUGGAACUAAAAUAAGAGAACUUGAGGAUUCUUCAGGUUCUAAAAUACAGGUUAUAAGAGGAACAUAUGAAGCUGAAGUAAAGAUUUUUGGCAGUAAUGAUACACAGAACAAAGCCAAAAUGUUGAUAGAUGAUCUUGUUAAGAGGUAUGGCCAAAAUUACCCUGGAGACAGGACUGAGAAAGGUUCCCUCCAACACAAGGAUUUUGGCACUAGUUAUUCCACUGAAAGUCAUCGUGAUCUUGUCAAGUCUGGAAAUGUCCCACAGAAAUCAGUGAUUAACUGGGCAUCUCUUCGAGAAAAUAAAGCUAAAUAUGAAGCUAUGAAGUGGGCAGAUUUGCCUCCAAUUGAGAGAAACUUUUACAAAGAAUCACAAAAGAUUGCUUCCAUGCCACAAGAAGAAGUGGCGAAGUGGCGAAAAGAAAAUAAUAAUAUCAUUUGUGAUGACUUGAAAGAAGGUGAGAAGCGCCAUGUUCCCAAUCCUGUUUGGAAAUUUGAAGAUGCAUUUCAAUAUUAUCCUGAUGUUAUGGCAAAUAUCAGAAAAGUUGGCUUUGAGAAUCCUACGCCAAUUCAGUCACAGGCUUGGCCAAUCAUACUCCAAGGAAUUGAUCUCAUUGGUAUAGCACAGACUGGUACUGGGAAGACAUUAGCUUAUUUAAUGCCUGGAUUCAUUCAUUUGGAUUCACAACCAAUCCCAAGAGAUCAGCGAGGUGGACCAGGUAUGUUGGUCCUUGCUCCCACUCGAGAACUAGCUCUUCAGGUGGAGGCAGAGUGCUCAAAGUAUACGUACAAAGGAAUUAAAAGUAUUUGCAUAUAUGGUGGUGGGGACCGAAAAGGACAGAUAAACAUGGUUACCAAAGGUGUGGAUAUUGUUAUUGCUACUCCUGGUAGACUGAAUGACCUUCAAAUGAACAACUUCAUAAAUCUGAAGAGCAUAACAUACUUGGUUUUAGAUGAGGCUGAUAGGAUGUUGGAUAUGGGAUUUGAACCUCAAAUAAUGAAGAUCUUACUAGAUGUACGCCCUGACAGACAAACAGUCAUGACUAGCGUUCCAAGUGAUCCAGAUCGCUCUUUAUCAGUGACCUGCCUUAUUCAUUAUUUACCACUCCCCUGUUUGUGUCAUCUUGCUACUUGGCCAGAUGGUGUUCGCCGCCUUGCAAAAUCGUAUUUGAAAGAUCCUAUGAUCGUAUAUGUCGGCACUCUUGAUUUAGCGGCAGUAAAUACAGUAGAGCAGAAAGUUGUUAUUAUCCCAGAAGAAGAAAAGAGAGCUUUUACACGCUACUUCAUUGAUACUCUGAAGCCUAAGGAUAAAGUCAUCAUAUUUGUGGGAAAGAAACUUACAGCUGAUGACUUAUCAAGUGAUUUUAGUCUCCAAGGAAUUCCAGUUCAAUCUCUUCAUGGCAACAGAGAACAGUGUGAUCGAGAACAAGCUUUGGAUGACUUUAAGAAAGGAAGAGUGAGAAUACUUAUAGCUACAGAUUUAGCAUCCCGUGGGCUUGAUGUACAGGAUAUUACUCAUGUUUUCAAUUUUGAUUUCCCUCGGAACAUUGAAGAGUACGUUCAUAGAGUAGGUCGUACUGGACGAGCAGGACGCACAGGGGAGGCUGUAACACUUGUCACUAGGAAUGACUGGAGGAUUGCGUCUGAGCUGAUCAGCAUUCUUGAAAGAGCAAAUCAAGCAGUUCCUGAAGAGCUUAUUUCAAUGGCAGAAAGAUUCAAGCAAUUUCAGAUGACAAAAGAAAUCAAAAAGGAUUUAGGAAGACCUCGUGGAAAGUCCCAGAGAGGUUUUUAAUUGCCUGGGAGAUAUUUAAACAAAGGAAUCCGAGUGGUGCAUACACCCAACACUGUCAACAUUGUUUCAAAAUAACUUACAUGCCUGAUGGUACCACCAUUUAUGUCAGUGGAGUGCCAGGAAGAUGUUACAUCUUGGGACAGAUAAGGAUAAAGAUUCAUUGUUGGAAAAUGAAGCAUAUUCUUACAGUAAUAGCUGAAUAAAUCUCGGAACAAAUAUUUCACCAAGUCUGUCACACUGAGUGGAUGGAAACCCAACCAAAUGAUAAAACAGUACACAAAUUUUGCGAGGCUCCAAUCUUUUUUUCUAAUAAGAUUAUAUGUUUUCUAUUUUGAUUCUUCUGGGCCUCUUAUUUUCUUUUACCUUAAGCUUAUAUACAUAUAUACAAAACUCCUGUUGACUUCAGUAGGGCUAAAAUUUCAUUCCUAUUUAUUUUGAUGUUUUUGACCUUUUUUAAGAGAAUAAAGGAAUCUAGUUUUGUACAGCACUGAAGUUUUCAAAUGCUGUAAGAUUUUUGCAUUUGCUAAAUAAAAAACUUGAAAAUGUAA